CCCCCUUAAUCGACGUUUGUUCAUCUGCUUUGUUCCAGGUACAAACCGAUCUCCCUGAAGCUCUGGGCAUCGAGGAUUUUUCCAACUGUUUGAAGACUUGAACAAAAUCCCCCCAAAAAUGUUUUUUUCUACUCGAGUAACGGACAUUUGACUUCUAUUUUUUCAUUUUUGUUUUUGCUCCAGAUUAUUCAAGAAGGAAAAGCUAGCAUUCUAGCCACAACAUUCCCGCCCAUUAAGUCAUUUUCAGUCAAAAUGAUAGAGUCAUGACAGUUUAAGCUGUCUAAAAAAAAUUGUUGCUUGUUAAGCACAAAAUAUUAUAGGUACCCGAGACGCAGAGGAGAGUUAUAAAUAGUAAGUGUUUACUUUCAAACCAAUUUGAAUCGAAAUUUAACGCUUAAUCAAUUUGCCUGUCUUGGAAAUGAGAAAUUUCUUACUGAAGCAGCCAGAUGGGGGAACAAAAGCUGUGAUAAAGCGAGUAAAGCUAGCUAGUUAGUUAGCGUAUGAGCUCACACCGCAAAGUCAGCAGCGGCCAAACGCCCUGUUUCUCUUUGUGUGUGUGAGACGGUUUCAUCUUCUAUUUAAUUACUGAUUAUUAAAAAAAAACAAGAACUUAAAUAUAAGCUAGCGAUCGCUUCUCAUAAGCAAUCUGUUCAUAAAGAUUGCCGCAGCAUAAAAGCAGGAUGUAAUUAACUUGUGCUACUGAAAGGAGAGCUCAUUGGAACAUUCAACGCAAUCUGCCCAUAAAGAUUGCAGGAUGACGACUGUGGAUAUACAAAGGGCUGAAAUGUUUCAUUAUUGGCUUAUCUUCUUGUAGCUACGGGGGUGAAAUAAACCUUAAAAACGUGUAUAGUCUGUUAGCUUGUAGUGGAAUAUUUUUUAUUUUAUAUAUAUAUUUUUUUUAGCUGCGAAAUGUCGAGGCUGUUUAUCUGGUCGUGUUUUGCUUUCUAAAAUGGCGGACAGGUUGUCCUUUGGCUAAGAAUAGGGCAGCGUGUGGUGGCUUUGGUUUGGAAACCAGAUCGUACUUGGGGGGUUUUGUUUUUGUUUGGGGGAGUUGUCUCAUGUUCUAAUCAGAGUCGGACGGUCGGAAUUUUAUUUUUUGACCUUUUGUUUUUUUUUACCUUUUUCUCUCGCGAGUAUAAAUGUAUGUCGGGUGAAACGUUUUAAGUUAGUUUUCCGGGGUUGUUUGUAACAUUUCAAGAUGGCGCCCGGUCUUCUUCUUCUUCACGAACGCGAAGCGGUUAAAAGGAUAAGAGGGCGGGGCUUAGCGCUUUGGCUUCAGGGACUCCAGAGCGGCACGCGCAGGACUCCUGACAGAUGGCGAGAGCCACAGCGGGGCUUCUGUAUAAAUCUUCCCCCGUUUAUAUAACGCAUCUGUUUUAACACAGCGUGGCCUGGUCAUUGUCCAAAUCACCGCAAUUAUUGGAUUAUUUAUUUCAACAAUAUUGUGUUUAUCAACAAAAACAAGCAUGAGAGAAUUCCAUUUUUGGACCAAACCAUAGAUACAUGUUUUGAGGUGAUGUUUAAAAGGGGGGUGGGGGGGUGUCAUACAAUAAGAGGAUAACUGUGUUUUCGAGCUUAUUAUUAUUAUUACUAUUUAUUAUCUAUAUUUCUUACGCGAUACUUUCGCGCUCACUGUUGUUUCCCAGGGCUCAUGAGUAACUGCAAGCUUUGUUUACUGUGUGUAACAGUUGUGACAUUUUCAGGAGUUUGUAUUGUACCGUGUAACGGAGGUCGAUACUGAAUUCAGAGACUAAAAAAAAAAACUUCAACAACACUUUUCCGGGCUGUAAUGGCAGUAGGCCCAGUGGACCCCAGGGAGGUGCUGAAAGGAGUGGAGUCUCUGUUGGGGAAGGAUGGUGAGCUCCGAAGCCUGGAGGGCGUUGCCAAAGUAUUCAGUCUCAUGAAGGCCUCUCAUAAAAUGGUCAGCAGGUGCAUGUAUCUGAAUAUCUUACUGCAGACCAAGUCACACGACAUUCUUAAUCGAUUUAUCCGCGUUGGUGGCUACAAGUUGUUGAACUCCUGGCUGACUUACUCCAAAACGACCACCAAUACCCCAAUGCUGCAGCUCAUUCUGCUGACUCUGCAGAAACUGCCUCUCACAGUGGACCAUCUCAAACAGAACAACACAGCAAAGUUGGUUAAGCAUCUGAGCAAGAGCGGAGAGACGGAAGAGUUGAGAAAGCUCGCCUUGGUACUUGUGGAUGGAUGGAUGGCCAUCAUCCGCUCUCAGAGUGUUUCCAGCGGCGCCUCACCUAACGAGAAGAAACGAAAGAAGGAAGAUAUUAAAGUGCGUCCUGAGGUGAAGACUGCGGAGAAAGGGACAGAAGAGGAGAGGAAACGAGAAAAGCCCAAGGCCCAUGCACCUAGUCAUGCUAAGAUCCGUUCCACAGGUUUAGAGGUAGAUACUCCAACACCUGUCCCUACAAAAAAGGUCCCUGCAGUCCCCCAGCUUGGAGACAAAUACAACAUCAAACCUGCUGUCCUUAAGAGGCCUAGCUCUGCUCUAUCAGAUGCACCGCCUGUGGAGAAAAAAUACAAGCCUCUUAACACCACCCCCAACUCAGCCAAAGAAAUCAAAGUCAAGCUCAUACCUCCACAACCUAUGGAGAGUUUGGGCUUUCUGGAUGCGCUUAAUUCUGCUCCAGUGCCUGGAAUCAAGAUCAAGAAGAAGAAACCUAAGGCAGUCUCUCCUACAUCUAACAAGCCAUGUCCAUUUGAAAGCAAGCCCCAGCCAUACUCAAGCACGCAGACCAAGCCUUCUUCCCCUGAGGCUCCUGCUUCUCAUACUCCUCCACAUGAGCCCCAAGACCUGGAACAGCCAGGGACGCCUGUCCCAACUGAGGACCCUGAGGCUAUGGACACUGAUAAGCCAAACGCACUUGCAGAGCCACGUGGAGAGGAAGAGAGCCUGACAAAGAAAGGCAAGAAAAAGAAGAGCGUUCGCUGGGCUGAGGAAGAGCAGCUCAAAGAAUAUUUUUACUUUGAUCUGGAUGAGACGGAGAGAGUAAAUGUAAAUAAGAUUAAAGAUUUUGGUGAAGCGGCCAAGCGGGAGCUGAUGAUGGACAGGCAUACAUUUGAGAUGGCCCGGCGACUCUCGCAUGACGCCAUGGAAGAGCGGGUGCCCUGGACACCCCCGCGACCUUUGAUCCUGUCAGGCUGUCUGGUCAGUCCAGGGUCCAACAGCAGUGAGAAGAUGACCCAGAGGGACAGAGAGAUGGGUAUCCUCCAGGAAAUCUUCCUCAACAAGGAGAGUGUCCCAGACAGCCCACAUGAGCCAGACCCAGAGCCCUAUGAGCCAAUGCCUCCACGUCUCAUUCCUCUGGAUGAGGACUGUACGAUGAUGGAGGACAACUCCAUGGACAUUGGCGAUACUGCGGCAUCAGGCCCUGCCCCUGCAGCCCAGGAGAGCUCUAAGCUGCCUCCUGUCCUUGCCAAUCUUAUGGUUAGCCUGAACAGCAACCGCAGCCCCCAAGCUCAGAACAAUGCACCACCUCCAAACAACCCAGCUAUGAAUGUCCAAGAACUGCUCAGCUCCAUUAUGGGUGCUCAAGGGUCCAACCAGUCAGCAGAAGACCUCAUUAAGCUGCCUGAUUUCUCCGACAAGAUCAAACAGCUUUUGGGAUCUCUGCAGCAGAACCAGAACCAGAAUCAGCAGGGCAAUGCACCACCUAUGAAUGCAGGUCUGCUUGGCCAUGGUCCCAACAUGAACAUGAACAACAACAUGAAUAUGCCUAUGCCCAUGAAUGGUGGUUACCCACCAAACAAACCACCUGGCGGGCCUCAUUUCGGUCACCCACCCCCUCCUCAUGGGCAUGGACCUCCAUUUGGAGGAGGCCCACGCAUGAUGGGCCCUCCACCUGGACCUGGACCUCAGGGCAGAGGAGGGGACAAUGGAAACUACUGGGGAGAUGACUCUAUGCGGGGUGGCCCACAUCGAGGCGGCCAUUUUCACCGGGGGGGAAGAGGAAGAGGAGGAGACCAAGGAUUCAGAGGACGGGGAGGACGAGGGGGACCACGUGGAGGACACAACAACAUGGGUGACAUGUCCAAAAGACCUGUGUGUCGGCAUUUCAUGAUGAAAGGGAACUGCAGAUAUGAAAACAACUGCGCUUUUUACCACCCGGGUGUGAACGGUCCUCCUCUACCCCCUCAGCACGGACAUUAACUCUGACCUCAACAGACUCUCCUCAGCCUUGAACUCUUACACUGGUUGUGAUCCUGCCACUUACUUUCACUAGAGGGCAGUAGAGCACAUUUUGAAGACUUAAUUUUUUUUUUUUUGGAACAAGAUCAUUUGAUUCCUCUUCAGUGUUUACAGAGACGAUGAGACACACCAUCAGUCCGGCUGGACCUUGACAUGGUUAUUCCUCGUGUGUCUUAUUGGAAAUGAAAGCUUAUCAAUGACUUAUUCAUAACAACAAACUAAAUCCUGCGGUGAUUGUGUGUAAAUACGCCGUUCUGAUGUAUAUACAAAAACUCAGUGUUAAGAUCAUUCGUGUACAUAUUACAUAUAUUUUUCGGUCAUUUGUAUGACACUGAUUUAAAACUGCUGAAGAAUGUGCCACUCUUUGAUGACCACUAUUGCAGCUUAUUUUUGAUUUACACUGUUAUACGAGAUGUAUUUGCUUUGGUAGUAUCCAUGGAUUUAUUUUUUUUUAUUUUUUAACCUGAGACUAUGAAUUUGGUUCAGCACUACAGAACUUUUUGAAGUGUGAAUGUGUUCCCAUUUGUAGGUGUUUUUUUCAUGUGAGGGGAUUGUCCGGUUCCUUAAGUUUUAAGCAGGUUAAAGACAAUGCCUCUCUGCCAUCACCUGUGGUACAUAACAGCACAUUUUAGCACCUCAAUUUUGUAUUCCAAAGUUUAAGAACCAGCAAUACCUUCAGCUGCUUGACUGAUACAAAGCUGGAUUAAACACGCACACGCAAGUGCAUAAUAAGUGGCUCAUAAUUAGGUUCUCUAGAUUGCUAUUUACGUUUGAAUAUCUAAACAGAACUUGUGUAAAAAAUGUGACAAUCAGGACAAUUAGGGUGUUAACAGUGAUUGUUGUGUCAUUCACUCUGUGUGUGUGUGUGUGUGUGUGUGUAGUCACACUCUCAAGUUGUGACUAGUCUCACUCGUGGUCAUGUCACGUAUAUAUAUCCCCAUGCAGCAGUGCUGAACUGAGCCUGAGGCUCUGAACCACUCUCUGGGCCAACGCUAGUGUUUUCUGUGAAAACAGUGGCCUUUGUGUCUCUUGUGGGACUACAUUGUCCCCCCCCCCGGUUUUUAUUUUUAUUUUUUUAAAACCUCUAUCCAAAUGAGGUUUUGUUUCUGUUAUAGAGGUAUGUGUCUGCUUUACAGUAUUGCAAAGACACACAUUUAUGAGCAUAUAUAUAUAUAUAUAAUCUGUAAAGGGUUUUUCUACAUGUAUUAAUAAAUGUUCUAAAAAUAA